UCUCUUCCGCGGAGCAGGCAUACGAGGCUGCGCGUCAGUACCAGAGGAUGUGCAGUCGCUUCUUCGUCGCCCCAUCCUCUUCGCGGCCAGCCGCCACCUCCCAGUCUCGGGGUACCACCCGAGGCCGCUCCUCGUUUGCUGGUCGUUUUCGUCGCCCGGCUCGACCUGGAGCGCCAUUCUCUCGGCACUACAGUUCUCUCGAGUAUGGAGAGGACGCCUCAGCCGAGCUCGAUCCUACCAUUGGCGACGCCCCCGAGGACAUCGAGCUUCGGGACGUCAUCAAGUACCACUUGGAUGACGACACUGUCCCAAUGGCCGAGCGCCUGCAGAUGGCCAUGUCUGCCAUGGGUCGUGCWCGUAGUCAGGUUGCACAGGCUGGCGUCCGCACACCUACGGCGCCUCGGCGCUUCCAUUCCUCCGCGUACUUCGAUGUGUUGGAGACUGGGUACGACUUUAUCCUUGGCACUCCCUGGUCUCGCCAGUUCCGUAGCACAGAGGCCGAAUGGGCGACCGAGACACUCGUUCUCAAAACGAAGUGUGGUCAGACCCAUCGCGUCCCCUUCAUUGGAACCACGGGUGACACUCGUCCCGACCUACCUCCCCGGGACCCUCGUCCCUCAGGGUCUCAUCCCGACAUUGCCUUCACCUCCCCUCGUCAGUUUGCUCACUUCAUACGACAGGAGGACGUCACGUUCUACUCAGUGAACGUCGUGGAUCUUCUUCGCUACGAUCCACUCUGUCCCGAGGUUGAGCUCAUCUCUUUGGAGCCCGAUCCCCUUGACCCUCCUUCCAUCUUCGCGGCUCCUAUCUCUACAUCCACUCGUCAACCUGCGGAUACCCCCUCCACGUCUCAGGCCCCUGCGCCGUCGACUGUCGAGUCCACACAUACGUCUCGUGCCGACGCAAACGCUGAGGAACUCACACGGUUCACGGCAGACUUACAGACCGACGUGCGCGACCUGAUUCGAGAGUACCGCUACGUCUUUCCCCCGUACUUCUCAUACAGCGGGAUUCCCCCGAUGCGCGGUGUUGAGCAUUCUAUCCAGCUCGUGCCUGACUAUCGUGUYCACCAUCAGGCACCGUACCGACUCUCGAUUCCAGAGGCGACGRAACUCAAGCGUCAACUUGAGGAGCUCCUUCGACUGGGUUUCAUUAAACCCAGUAAGUCCCCUUGGGUUGCACCUGUCCUCUUUGCUCGCAAAGCGGACGGAACGCUUCGCCUCUGCAUCGACUACGGCGGCCUUAACCGUUACACGGUUAAGAACAACUAUCCCAUGCCUCGCGCGGAUGAGUUGUUUGAUCGUCUGGCAGGCAACCGCUUCUUCACGAAGAUCGAUCUUCGUAGCGGUUACCACCAGAUCCGCGUUGCCACAGAGGACCAGCCGAAGACCGCCUUUCGGUCGCGCUUCGGCCACUACGAGUUCACGGUGAUGCCAUUCGGCCUCACCAAUGCCCCCGCCACCUUCCAGACGGCGAUAAACGACAUCUUCAGGGACAUCCUUGAAGAAUACGUUCUCGUAUACCUGGACGACAUCUUGGUCUACAGUCGUACCUUAGAAGACCAUCUCAGACACCUACGCGAUGUCCUACAAUGCUUACGCAAGCAUGGCUUCUAUGCCAAGCUCAGUAAGUGCCGCUUUGCCCAGCGCAAAGUGGACUUCCUAGGACACCAUGUGUUUGACCAGGGUCUCCACAUGGACGACGCAAAGAUCACUGCCAUUGCAGAGUGGCGCGUCCCCACAUCUUCCAAGCAGCUUCGCAGUUUCCUAGGCCUCACCAGCUACUAUAGUUAUUUUACCCAGGAAUACGCUAGGUAUUCCUACGUCCUUACCUCUACCCUCCUCCGGAAGAACCUGCCGUGGUUUUGGACACCCCUGUGCGAGGACGCCUUUCGCGCCCUCAAGAAGGCGGUGACUUGUGCACUGGUUCUUCGCCUCCCUGAUUUUGAUCGUCCCUUUAUCGUCACCACCGAUGCGUCAGAUUUUGCAGUAGGAGCAGUCCUCUCUCAGGUGUUUCCCUCUCCUCCGGAUUCAUCUUAUCCUCAUGUUCCUCCUUUUCCCCCCCCUCCUGCUGACACUGCUUCUCGACUGACGCCUACCCUCCCACCACUUCCCUCCACUGAUAGUCCUCUUGUUACUUACUCCCCGACCAUCGCGGAGGAUGGGACUGUCGAGGCUCGUGCUGGGGAUUGCCCGAUCGCUUUCUACUCCCGUCAGCUACUGCCUGCCGAGAUAAACUACACUGCCGAUGAACGUGAGGUUCUCGGAGUAGUUUAUGCUACCCGGCAUUGGCGUCAUUAUCUGCACGGGGCGCCCUUCACGGUGCGCACGGACAACUCAGUUGUCCAGGCUUUCCUCACGAAGCCUAAGCUUUCCCCUCGACAGGCACGCUGGUGGCGUGACUUAUCCGAGUUCAGUUUCACCACUCAGCCCAUCAAGGGUGAAACGAACUGCGUCGCCGAUGCCUUGUCCCGCCGUCCUGAUCACAAUCAGGAACUCAUCCAUCUUGCUGCCAUCUCCAUCACCAUCUUGCUGCCAUCUCCAUCACCACUGUUGAUCAGUCGGUGAUCGACGCGUAUCGCACUCAGUACCGCCACUGCCCCGAUUAUCGC